AUGCGCCAAGUGGUAGAGACGCUGACGCGGGAGGCUACGUGGGCGAUCUGCGUGCCCGUGAUCGAACGACUAAGUAACCUUGUCUUCGCCGACGCCAAUGGCACAAUCGCCUGGCAAACCAACACAGCCAACAAAGGUGUUGUGGGUUUCAAACUGCUCUUAGAUGGCAACAUGGUGCUCCACGACUCAAAGGGUAAUUUCAUUUGGCAGAGUUUUGAUUCCCCAACUGAUACUCUCUUAGUGGGUCAGUCUCUUCGUCUCGGUGGUGUCACAAAACUGGUCAGCCGCGCAUCAGAAAAAGUCAACGCUAACGGAGCUUAUAGUCUAGUGUUGGAACCCAAAAGAGUAGCUUUGUAUUUCAAGAGUCCAAACUCGGUUAAUCCCCUCGUCUAUUUCACAUCAUCUUUCAUCUCUGCUUCUAAAAAUGGCAUCUUGGCAAACGCAACACUCACUAGCUCGCCAGAAACAGAUGAGAAUUUCGCUUGGAUUUUAGACUUCAGUUUAAAAGAAUCCAACACAGGUUUUGGCGGCGGUCCGAUCUUAGCCAGACCCAAAUACAAUAGCACACUUACAUUCCUCAGACUUGGGAUUGAUGGGACUGUAAAGCUCUUCACUUUUUACAACAAGGUCGAUAAUGGAGCCUGGGAGGAAACCUUCACCAUGUUCAAAAGAGAGCCUUCUUUCCUCUGGGACACCGAGUGUCAAUUACCUGAACGAUGUGGGAGUUUCGGAGUCUGUGAGGACAGCCAGUGCGUUGCCUGUCCGUCGCCUAAUGGGUUACUGGGUUGGAGCAAGAGCUGUGAGGCCAAGAAGUUGACUUAUUGUAGACCGAGUGAUUUCCAUUACUAUAAAAUUGAAGGUGUUGAUCAUUUCAUGAGCAAAUUCAACAAGGGAGAUAGAAUCAAGGAGACUGACUGCGAGAAGAAGUGUAGCAGAGACUGCAAGUGCUUAGGGUAUUUCUACCACAGAGAAGAUUCAACAUGCUGGACUGCUAAUGAUAUGCUAACCCUUACAAAGGUUUCUAACUCAUCACAUGUGGGUUUCAUAAAAACACCCAACAAAUGA